GAACUGUCCUAUCUUCAAAGAAACACACAUUAUCUAAAAUGAUUAGCAUACUCGAGGUAUCCUUCAGACGGGGAAAAUGAUUUAUUCCCGCCUCUUCCCCACGUGCGCAAUAUCAUGUGCACAAGCAAACGCACACACGAUUUACACUUUCCCCAGCGUGUCACUUUAGGUGAUAAGGAUGCUCCGGCAUAUCAACCUUCAAAAAAUAGAACCUAAGGUGCAUCCCAUGUAAUGUUGCACAAAGAAGAUAAGAAAACUGAAUCUGAAGUCAAAGACAAAUAUUUAUCUUCCCAACGAAGAAACAGGACGUAGGGAAGCAGUGUGUAGUCAACGGAAAGGAAGCACAGCCAGACCAACAAAUGAACAGCAUGGAAGCCCCCGCGACCGUAGUAAUGAUUCAGCGAGAAGAACCUGUCCAGAUCCCUCAGAAUGUCCGGCCAUGGUCUUCAGGACUCUGCGGAUGCUUUGAGGACUGCGGUAGCUGUAUCUGGGCGACGUUUUGUAUAAUGAGUUUGUUAUGCACUCUUGCUGCUCGUUUACGCGAGACUUGCUGCAUACCGUAUUUCUAUGGUCAGAUGGGCGUGGCAAUGCUGAGGCUCAAACUGAGGACCAUGUAUGGAAUCCAGGGGUCCAUCUGUGGCGAUAUCUGCGCCACCACUUGGUGCCUGCCAUGUGUCGCCUGCCAAAUGUCACGUGAGCUGGACACAUUGGGUGUGUAGAGCAGACGACAUCAACGAAUCGCUCCAUUCAGUUUCAAGUAUAAAUGGUGGACUCCUGAGUGGAAUUUAGCAAAAACAAAAAAAAAAAAUGUCAGAAUAUGACGAAAUAUGAAUGAAAAGGAGAGUUUCUCUCCUCCUGUAUUUUGUAAUUGCAUAACCACGCUAUGCUUCCUGACAGCGGCAUAUAUAUUAACAUUUGAACGGAGGGGGUUUUAGAUAAACUGAUAUAUAUUUCCCAGCUGGAUCUCCUGAGCUAUCUAGAACACAGAGAUACCAGUCGGACAAGUUUCUGUGAUACUGUAUCAAAGUAAACUCACUGUUAUCUUUUUCCAUUGGCAACACAGUCAUAACACAGCCAAGACAAGAGUCGCUCUCUUCUCCGCUGGUGUGAUUUUUAUCCCAUUCCUAUAUAUAGACAUGGUCUUUGAAUAGUGAGGUAAAGAUGAUUGAUUAAACGACUAAUACAAAGUUAAUUUUCUAGUAAAAUCAUGGCAUUUGCCAUGACCCAAUUGCCUUCGUUUCCCUUCGAGGA